GCAAGACCUCCAGAUGCCCCGGAAUUCACUGGAAAAUUCCAAUCAACCACCAUUUACGAGGGCGAUUCGGUAAAACUAUUCUGCCGAGCAACCGGCGACAAAAUCACGUACAAAUGGUUCAAAGAUAACGAGGAACUCUCGAGUACACCUCCAUACAGGAUCGAGAACAAAGGAAAUGAAACCACACUAUUUAUUGAAAAUGCGACAUUAGCCGAAGGCGGAUGGUAUCGUUGCGAUGCUAUUAACAAACACGGCACCACCCGCUUCACCGUGGUAUGGUUGUUGAAUGGUAAGCCGAUUGUGCUCUCAUCUCGCGUCACGACCAUCAACGAGAAAGGGCUCGCCAUCCUUGAAAUUAACCCCGUUACGGUAUUCGAUCAGGGAGAGUACACAGUGGUUUUGGUCAAUCCAUUGGGAGAAGCUCGCAGCUCAGUGGUUCUGAAUGUGAUGGGUCACACCACAGUGGAUCAACCCACUCUCGGCAACAGUUUCGGCACAGCAUACCAAUCAAGAAGCACUCGCGCACCUCCAGGAAUCCAACUUGAUCUCCCUAACUUCCAUUCUGAUUUGCGAUCUCACGAGCUGUUCGAAGGACAGCCGAUUCACCUCGAGGCCAAGCUCACACCGCUCAAUGAUCCGAAUCUCGUUGUUGUCUGGUACCUGAACGGGCGAGAACUAAUGAAAAGU